AUGCAUAUCAGCUAGAGAUCAUCAGUAACCUCGAAACCAUUCAUUGCAGCAGUUCAGCAUAACCCCACGCAAACCGCAUCAAAAUGUUCAAGAUCAUCGCUCUCGUUGCCUGCCUAGUCGUCAUUGUGGCUGCCGGUGAUGACCAUGCUCAGUACAAGUUCGAGUAUGGAGUUAAGGAUGGACACACUCACGAUCACAAGAGCCAUUGGGAACACCGUGACGGAGAUGUCGUGAAGGGACAGUACACCCUGGAUGAAGCUGAUGGAACUCACCGAGUGGUGGAUUACUCCUCUGACCAUCACGGUGGAUUCCAGGCCCAUGUGCAACGUUCCGGACACGCCCAUCAUCCACAUGGCGAGAGCUACGCUAACGUUGCUCAGCAUUAUUGAAUUGAGUUUUUGUGCGAAAAUUAAGUGUGAAUGAGAAAUAAAGAAGGUGCGAUGAGAUUGUUUAGGACUUAAA